AUGUUGGAGCAAUUGUCCCGCAGGAAUCGGUCAUUUCUGUCCCUCUUUCUGACCUCUCUGGCCUUGGCGCUCUCCGUGCUGGCCUUUUGCACUUCUUACUGGUGCGAGGGAACGCACAAAGUUGCCAAGCCUCUCUGUCUGUCACCUGUCAAAAUGAAGAACUGUGGACAAAACAACAGUCAGCCUUACACAACUGAGGUUCCAACAGGGGACCCGAAAAAACCUGAAUCCAAUGUGACAAUGUCUCCCAUCCAGAAAGAGGAACUGGCCCGUAUCAGAGCCAAAAAUCUGGCCAAUGCAGUGCACUACAUAUGGGAAACUGGAGAGGACAAAUACAUGCUGCGCUACUUCCACACUGGAUUCUGGUUGUCCUGUGAGAAACACAAUGAAGGUGAGAAAUGUCGCAGUUUCAUUGAGUUGACCCCUGGAGAAACACAAGGAGUUCUGUGGCUCUCGGUGGUCUCAGAGUUUGCAUACAUCAGCCUGCUGGCCAUGGGUUUUCUUAUGAUGUGGGUGGAGCUGCUGCUGCUGUGCCUGAAUAAGGAGAUGUAUGCGCUCAAGAUCAACGCUUUUGCUGCCAUCUGCACUGUACUGUCUGGCAUGAUGGGAAUGGUGGCACAUAUGAUGUACACAACAGUAUUCCAGAUGACUGUCAGCAUUGGGCCCAAAGACUGGAGACCUCAGACUUGGGACUAUGGCUGGUCAUUUGCCAUGGCCUGGAUCUCCUUCAGCUGUUGCAUGGCGGCGGCAGUAUUCACACUGAACUCUUACACCAAAACACUGAUUGAGAUGAAGCACCGUGCCCGUGUCCGUCUGGAGGAAGCCCGUGCUGCCAACCACGCUCCCCCCUAUGACGAGGUGAUCACGAGCGGCGGGGAGAGCCUGUAUUCGGUUAGCCGGCUGGUUCAGCAGAGUCAGCAGGGAGCGUACAUCGACAACAUGUGGACGCCCAGAGACGAAGGGUCCAUUGGGGGUAUGGUGGGCGCCAAGAGUCCUCAUGGGCUGGUGCUGGUAGGGGGAUGUGGGAGAGAGGGAUGCGAGGAUUGUGAGAGAGAAAUGGAUGAGAUGGAGGAAGCGUUGGAGAGGGAGAGGAAUGAUGAAAUGUGUUGA